AUGGCCGACAACCCAAGUGCCGCAUGGCCCAUUGCCGAUGAGGCUCUGUCUCAGAAAAUUCUCGACAUUGUCCAGCAGGCCUCCAACUACCGUCAGCUGAAGAAGGGCGCCAACGAAGCUACGAAGACUCUCAAUCGCGGUACCUCCGAGAUUGUCGUUCUCGCGGCUGAUACCUCUCCUCUCGCCAUCCUCCUCCAUCUGCCUCUUCUCGCCGAGGACAAGAACGUCCCCUACGUCUAUGUUCCCAGCAAGACUGCUCUCGGCCGCGCCUGUGGUGUCUCACGCGCCGUCAUUGCUGCUUCAAUCACGACCAACGAAGCCAGCGACCUCAUGCCUCAGAUUCACGAGCUGAAGAAUCGCGUUGAACGUCUUAUGAUCUAG